AUGUUUUUUCCAAUGGUUAAGUUAGCAAUACAUGGUUAUGAAAUUUUGAUACUGAGUUUAGCUAGUCCAAUAAUAAUGGGAUCAAAGUUGAUAAGCAUGACUGUAGAAUGUGGAACUGGAAAAUUUCUUAUUCGUUUGCUUGUUAUUAGUAGUUUGUUAUCGUUUCAAUUUGAAGAACCUUUAAUUCGAUUGUUACUAUUGUCAUUUGGUACAUGUGUGGCAAUGCUUGAUUUGUGUUCAAGUUUAAGUGCAAAAUAUUACUGUUACAGAUCGAUCGUUGUAUGGGCGUUAAUAUGUAGUCUUUUCUUUUUUCUCAGUGCGAGAGUUUAUUUCAAUAGUCUUAUACCGGCAUGGUCUGGGAUUUUUAUGAAUCUCGGUCACUUUUUGGUAGGUUUUGCAGUUUUAUUUGAUCAGUUUAUAAGAGAUCGUACUAUGUGGCAAUUGUUACCAUCUUUCGAAUAUCAAACAUACAAUGAAAUUGAUCCACUGAUGCCAACGUUGGGCUUCAGUCUAUUCCGUGUUUCACCUCGUGAUGCUAUCUUUCAAUCCAACUGGCUAUUGAUUGGUAUCGGUUUUGGAAGUUUAUUGUUUAACUUAAACUGGGUUUUUGGUGAAUUAUCUGUUGUCUCACGUUGGGCGUCACAUGAUUUCCCGAAUCAAGGUCUCAAUCCUAUACCAUAUGGUAGUCUUCUUGUUUGGAUAUUCUUAUUUUGUGGUGUAGUCACUGUUAAACGACUUGAUAUUGUUACAAAUCGGUGGUGGGCCUCUGUGGGACUCAUUUCUUAUUUUGUACUUUACUUUGGACGUGGCUUACUUUCCUUUGUUGGUGGUCUUGGUCUGAGUUUGUUUAUUGGUUCUGUUAUUCCAUUAUUAUUUGAUAAAAUUGCACGAGGAUUAUCUGCUCGUAUAAUUGUUGUAGCAUCAAUAAUUUAUAUAUUACAAAUUAUCUAUGCUGUUUGGACAUCUGCAUAUAAUUUUGUACCGUUUGGAGGAACAUUAACGAGAGAAACAUCAUACAUUCUCGUAUUUUUAAAUUUUUUUGGAAUUUAUCUAGGCGUUUAUACAGCAAAACACAAUUUAUGCACACUCGUUCGAGGUCGAUUAUUGUCAAUUGAACUUCCAAAUCGUUAUAUAUGGAGCGAUGCGGAUGUCAUUGGUUUAUUAGAGACAGACACUGCUAAACCAUUUUUUGGUAAUACAGAUUUAACGUCUUAUCUCAGUGAAAAGCUACACAUGUUCGCCGAUUUUGGACCAUCAUCAAAAGAUCAUACAUGGGGGUGCAUUAUUCUAUCCAAAUAUCCGAUUGUCAAGUCAAAACAUUAUCUAUUACCAUCACCAGAAGGCGAAUUAGCACCAGCAAUCCACGCCACUCUUCAAACGGCCACAAAAAUGAUUGAUGUAGUUAUUGUACAUAUGGGCAAUGAUAGAGAUGAUCUUGAUCGAAGAUUACAAGCACAAAAACUGAAAGAUAUAAUGAAAAGUAGUAAUAAUCCUCUUAUAUUUCUUGGUUACAUCACAUCAGCACCAUUCAAUCGUGACUACACUGCAUUAACAUCGGCUGCUAAAGAUAUUGAUUCUACUGACACGGAUCGCUGGUGUGAAUAUAUUUUGUACAAAAAUCUCAUACGAGUUGCUUAUGCUCGAAUUACGCAUGCUGGUUUAACAGAUACAGAAAUCCAAGUAGCAAAAUUUAAAAUACCUACUUCAGAUACGUACGAAGAUAAUCCGAUUGUUACAACAGAUCCUUCUGCCAUACAAAAUCGAUCAUUGCUGUUUAAUUCCAAAUUUGGACAAUUUUACCGAGGACACGGACAUUUCAAUUCUCAUCGAUUUCAUAUGGAUACUCCAAAAUAUUUUCUGCCGAAAGAUAGAGCAAGUCAGUGUCGAGAAAAUGGCACGUGCUAA